CUGUGUGUGUGUGUGUGCUCAUGUUCGUUGCUCUGCAGUCUGGCUGAGGAGGAGAUAAAGGCAGAGUCUGAUGUGGUAGAGGGGAUGGACGCUUCUGUGCGAUCUAAAGUGCCUGAUCCUCCAGGGUCAGCAGAACGAUCAGGGGCACCACAGAAGCGAAAGGUGUCAAGUCCCACCCAUUCCUCCAAUGGACACUCUCCUUCAGAUACCUCCCCGAGUCCUCUCAAGAAAAAGAAAAAGCCAGGGGCUGUGAACUCUAACAGCAAGGACCAGUCAGAGCUAAGACAUGGUCCCUUUUACUAUAUGAAGCAGCCAGCACUCACCACAGACCCUGUUGAUGUUGUACCGCAGGACGGCAGGAAUGACUUCUACUGCUGGCUGUGCCACCGCGAGGGCCAGGUGCUCUGCUGUGAGCUCUGCCCCAGGGUGUACCACGCCAAGUGCCUCAAACUGCCAGCCGAGCCCGAGGGCGACUGGUUCUGUCCAGAGUGUGAGAAAAUAACAGUUGCUGAAUGCAUUGAAACCCAGAGCAAGGCAAUGACAAUGCUAACUAUAGACCAGCUAUCCUUCUUGCUGAAAUUUGCACUCCAGAAAAUUAAACAACCUGGGACGGAGCCUUUUCAAAAGCCUGUGUCACUGGAACAGCACCCAGAUUACGCAGAGUACAUCUUCCACCCUAUGGACUUGAGUACUUUAGAGAAAAAUGUCAAAAAGAAGAUGUACGGCUGCACUGAGGCUUUUCUUGCUGAUAUGAAGUGGAUCUUGCACAACUGCAUCAUCUAUAAUGGAGGUAAUCACAAAUUAACAGCAACUGCAAAGGUCAUCGUCAAGAUCUGUGAGCAUGAGAUGAAUGAGAUUGAAGUGUGUCCAGAAUGCUACCUGUCGGCUUGCCAAAAACGGGACAACUGGUUUUGCGAGCCAUGCAGUCAACCCCACCCUCUGGUCUGGGCUAAGCUGAAGGGUUUUCCUUUCUGGCCUGCAAAAGCACUUAGAGAAAAGGAUGGGCAAGUAGACGCACGCUUCUUUGGCCAACAUGACAGGGCCUGGGUUCCAAUCAACAACUGCUACCUCAUGUCCAAAGAGAUCCCUUUCUCCGUGAAGAAAACCAAGAGCAUUUUCAACAGCGCCAUGCAAGAAAUGGAGGUCUACGUGGAAAAUAUUCGCAAGAAGUUCGGCGUCUUUAACUACGCGCCCUUCCGCACCCCCUACACGCCCAACAACCAGCUGCAGAUGCUGCUGGACCCCGCCAACCCCAGCGCCGGGACGGUCAAAACGGAGAAACCGGACAAGCUUCGCUUCAACUUCGACAUGACUGCGUCUCCCAAGAUGAUCCUCGGCAAGAGUUCCAUGCCGAGUGGCCUGAGCCGGCGGGUCUCCAUGACGGACAUGCCUCGCUCUCCCAUGAGCACAAACUCCUCCGUUCACACGGGGUCUGACGGGGAGCAGGAUCCGGAGAAGGCAAGCAGGAAUCCAGCACUCCACUACAGCACUGGAGAGGAGUCCAUGGACUGCACUGCAUCUCCUGUCUCAGGGAAGAUGGGUCCAGCUGGCAGUGUGACCAGCAGUCCGAAGCCUUUUAACCCAGCACUGGUGCCCAAACAGGAGAGGACUGCAGGAACGGGAGGAAUCCUCAAUCUCAACCUGGACCGAGUGAAGGCUGAAAUGGAUCUGAAGGAGCUGAGUGAGUCUGUGCAACAGCAGCAACAACAACAGCAGCAAGCACCGCCAGCUGCCCUCAGCACCCCAAAGAGACCCAUCAGGAGUUUGGACAAAACUAUUGAAAGCUGCAAGGCACAGCUCGGAAUCGAUGAGAUCUCUGAGGACGUGUACAAAGACGUAGACCACAGUGAUUCUGAGGACUCGGAAAAAUUCGAGUCGAGUGACAGCGAGUAUAUUAGUGACGAGGAGCACAAGCCAAAGAGCUCUGCCCAGGAUGACAAGGACAAAGCAGAAAGAAAACGGUCCAAAGUGAGCACAGAGGGGGAAAAUAAGGAGGGAGUGGCGGGGAUGGGGGACAAGGCUACCCCUGAACCCUUGCUCAAAGAGAAGCCGGGCAGCAAUGGCCCCGAUAAGGAUCUGCAGGACAAGCCCAGAACGCCCCAAUCUCAGCCCCUGACCGAAAAGCCCAAGGCCUCAGAGGAGGGCAGAGCGGCCGCUGCCACAUCUGCCACUGAACAAGACUCUGAUUCUGAGAGGGAGCUCGUGAUUGACCUUGGAGAUGAACACGGGGGCCGUGACUCAAAGAGGGCGAGAAGAGAGAUCAUUUCCUCUGUGGCCAAAACUCUCAAAGAGUCCAACAUUGUCAAAACAGAAGGUAAACUGCCUUCAUCGGCCGGAUCAGCCGCACCAACACGGGAGGCCGCCACCAACCUAAAAGACUCGCUCCAACCGUCAAUCACAGCGGCACUCAACCUUGUUUCCACUGCAUCAUCGGGUCUGUCCACCCCCGCCGCCACCACCGCCUCCGCCUCCGGCACCGCCACCAGUGGGCCCGCUGGUGCCCCCGCUCCCGCCUCCGCAACAUCCCCGGCCCCCGCAGCAGUGAAAAAACAGCGCCCGCUGCUGCCCAAAGAGACGGCCCAGGCUGUUCAGCAGGCAGUGGUUUGGAGCCCCACCAAGUUUCAGACAUCGUCCCAAAAGUGGCAUAUGCAGAAGGUGCAGAGGCAGCAGGCGCAGCAGGCACAGCAGCAGCAAGGAGAACAGUCGGCCGCGCAGACGCAGGGUCAGGGCCACACACGCAGCCCUCAGCAGCCACAGUCACAGCAGAACUCCUCCUCCAGUACUCGCUAUCAGACCAGACAAGCAGUAAAAGUGCAACAGAAAGACCUGCCCCACAGUUCGUCCUCAUCAACAGCUGGUAGCUCAUCUUUCACGUCGGGAGAUGUGCAGAUCCCUACGGUGUCAGCAGAUGUAGCAGCAGAUAUAGCCAAAUACACGAACAAAAUUAUGGACACAAUAAAGGGGACAAUGACUGAAAUCUACAAUGAUCUUUCCAAAAGCACAUCAGGAAACACAAUUGCAGAGAUUCGACGGCUGAGGAUCGAGAUUGAGAAGCUCCAGUGGCUGCAUCAACAGGAGCUGUCGGAGAUGAAGCACAACCUGGAGUUGACAAUGGCAGAGAUGAGGCAGAGUCUGGAGCAGGAAAGAGAGCGUUUGGUGGCUGAGGUGAAGAAGCAGAUGGAGUUGGAAAGACAGCAGGCAGUGGACGAGACCAAGAAGAAGCAGUGGUGCGCCAACUGCAAGAAGGAGGCCAUUUUCUACUGCUGCUGGAACACAAGUUACUGUGAUUACCCCUGCCAGCAAGCCCAUUGGCCAGAACACAUGAAGUCUUGCACGCAGUCAGCCACGGCGUCACAACAGGAACCUGAGGCAGAGCCCAGCACGGAUCCCUCCGUUAAAACAUCAAGCCACUCUCCUGCUACACAGACCCUUCCUUCGGGCACUGGGUCAAUAUCAGACAAAAGCAACUCUCCCACAUAUGUGGACAAAAGCAAGGACAGUACCGGCGUUACUGUGACCUAACUGCUACACUACAGGCACAUUUAGUGCUGCCAAACUCGGUGCUCGGGUGGGGGGGU